AUGCCAUUAUCACCGAGCUCGAUCCCGGCGACGCCACGAGUCAUCUCCCCAUCGCCCUCUCUGUCCGAUAGAUCGGACGCACGUGAUGGGUAUUUUGCACCGACAACACGGUCAGCGGCGCGCCGACAGCGCCUUUCCGAAGUAGAAGCGAAUGCAGCCGAGCCGGAGUCUACACCCUCAGGUGCGGCGCGACAACGGCGGCCUAAGCGGCGGUCGAAUCCGAAAAUUCCAGCCUCGCCCCCAUCCACCAACGGCAAGGUCUCGAAUGGCUUCCUCUCACCGACAUUACGAAUCCCAGAGGCCUUACAUGACAUUUCGCGAUCGCCAUCACCGCUCGGUAUCAUUCCUCUACACACCCGUUACCGCAGUUUCAUUCACCGCCACGAAAUUCCCCGCAAAGUGCUGCACGUGUCAAUCGGAUUUCUCACGCUCCACCUUUACAGCCGGGGUAUCCAGACGCUGCAGAUCACGCCGGUGCUAUUUACAGUACUGGUGCCCAUCGCACUCACAGAUUUAAUCCGUCACCGCUCUGAGAAAGUCAACAAAUUUUACACACGUUGCUUGGGCGCGCUUAUGCGCGAGACCGAGGUCUCCGGCUACAAUGGCGUGAUUUGGUACCUCCUUGGCGCAUAUGUCGUCCUGAGAUUCUUCCCCAAAGAUGUUGGCGUCAUGGGUGUAUUGCUUCUUAGCUGGUGUGACACGGCCGCAUCCACCUUUGGCCGUCUCUGGGGCCGCUACACGCCCCGUCUCCGACCCGGUAAGAGCCUGGCUGGAACCUUGGCUGCCUGGGCUGUCGGCGUUGUCACAGCCGCGGCUUUCUGGGGCUGGUUCGUGCCUUAUAUCGGCACCUUCCCGAAUGACCCGAAGGAUGCCUUUAUGUUCACAGGUCGCCUGAACCUGCUUCCGGAUUCUGUCCGGGGUCUUUUGGGCUGGACCGGCGAUUCCUCUUCCACCACCAUUACUGGGCCAUUGGCCCUCGGCGUCAUGAGUGUCGUAUCUGGCGUUGUCGCCGCUGGCAGCGAGUUCAUUGAUCUAUGGAACUGGGAUGACAAUCUGACAAUCCCCGUCUUCAGUGGCCUUGGACUUUGGGGAUUCUUGAAGGUCUUUGGUUAA